CGCUUCCUGCUCCCACGGUUCUCCCCUGCUCUCCUCCCCCCUUCGAUUCGAACUCUCUACCCACAAAACCAAACCCACCGAGAGGAAAAAAAAAUCUCUACCACACCGCAACUCAAAUCUAGGGUUGCUUCCCUCGCUCAUGGCCGACCCGCCGACCCCGGACGCGCAGCCGGAACAGGCCCCCGCCGCCGAGAAGCCCCCCGCAGCACCGCUGACGCCCGAGCCCGAGGAUGCGGCCGAGACUGGGGAGCAGGCGGAGGAGUCAGAGGUGGAUGAGGAGUACGUGAGCGACCCCGACGAUGCGCUCCCGGAGAUGCGUCGCCGGGAGGCCAGCGACGACGAGGGGUCCGAGGAAGGGAGGCGCCCGCCCAGGGCGCGGAUCGAUCCCGACCACGAGGACGACGGCCAGGGCGCCCCGGAGGAUUACGAGGACGAGGAGGAAGAGGAGUACUACGAUGAUUUACUGGAGGAAGAAGUGGGCGAGGGGCUUGAGGAGGAGUACGACGGCCGCGCGGUGCCGCCCAAGGAGGGCACCGCCGGCCAGGGAGAGGAGGGUGAGAAAGCUGGGGAGGAGGGAGCGGAGGCGGAGGCUGAUGGGGAAGAGAAGAAGGAGCAGGAACCGUUCGCGGUGCCCACCUCCGGUGCCUUCUACAUGCACGAUGAUCGCUUCCAGGAGGACGGCCGCGGCCGACGCAGGCGAAUGCUUGGUGGGAGGAAGUUGUGGGAUGCUAAAGACGAUCAAGCUUGGGUGCAUGACAGAUUUGAGGAAAUGAACGUGCAUGAGGAGCGCUACGAAGACAAGAGAAUGUCAAGAGGUCGUUUUAGAGGUCGUGGUGGAGGUAGAACCCGAGGUACUGCUCGUGGGUCUUCCAGAGGAGGGAGAUACCGCAGUUACAAUGAAGAUGGCGACAACCAAAACCGUAGCGACAACCAUAACCGCAGCGAUAACCAUAACCGUAGCGACAACCAUAACCGUACCGACAACCAAAACCGGCCUCAAAAGGUUGUCCGGGGGAGAGGACCCAGACGCUAUGAUACAAUUGCAAAGAACAACCGAGAGGUUGUUGGAUUCCAACGUAAACAGCCAACAAGAUCUCGAGAACCUGCCUCCCAUUCCACAGUCGUCAGAGAGCUUGGUCAAAUUUCUAAUGCACAUUCAGAAGCAGCUCCUGCUACAAAGAAUGUUGUCAAUUCAAGCUUAAAUUCUGCGUCACCACCGUUUUAUCCCUCUGGCGCAUCCAAUCACGCGGGAGCUCAAAGAAGGGACGUACAAGCAGGAGGUUCGAAUAAAGUUUUCCCAUCUGAGAACAUGAAGCCACAAUCUGGUCCAGCAGUUAGAGGGAGAACAGCCACGGAUUAUGGUGGGAGGGAUCGAUUUCAUGCCGAGGGUCCUGUUAGACCAUCUCCUGCAAGAACUGCGGGUGCAUCAUCGAAUUCAUCAGGGUUUGCAGCAUCUGCUGGCCAAUCCCCUAGUGUCAGGGCUCAAGGAGAAAAUCAGCCCACUUCAUCAUUUCACCAAACUUCUAGAAUUUCUACACAACAGCAAAAUCACAACUCGGUUAUGCACCAGAAGUCAGGCCAAGUACCUACUCAACUUGCAAUGAGAAUGCCAGCUCAGCAAUUGAACCAUCGGAUCGGCAAUUCUUCACCAACUGCUCAGCAUCUCCCUGCUAGAUCAACUGAAAGCGGUGAGAAUGGUUCAUAUUCUAGUUCAAACCAAUCCAAGACUCUGUCAUCUGAGGUGGAAAAGACCAACAAAGAAGCUGGACGGGGCUCCUUCAUGUAUGGUGGAGCCCAGGUUAUUGGGGCUGCUGGAGCUGUUGGUCUUGCCCAGGGCGAGCAAAAUUUUCCUGGCACUCCAGCUCUCCUGCCAGUGAUGCAAUUUGGUGGCCAGCAUCCAGGUGGCCAUGGGGGUCCUACUGUUGGUAUGGCCCUCCCUGGCUACGUUGCUCAACAGCAGCUGGGAAUGGGAAAUAACGAAAUGGCAUGGUUGCCACUAUUGGCUGGUGCAGCUGGGGCUUUUGGAGGAUCAUAUCCUCCUUACAUUGCCCUUGAUCCGAGCUUUUACUCUAGGUCUUCAGGACAGACUUCAUCAUCCAUUCCAUCCAGGGAAGCUAACAUUAGCAAAGGUGCCAAAUCUCCUCCUCCAAAUGAUGUUGUGACUGAAGAGCUUGAUCAGCGUCAGAACAAGCCUAGGAGAUACUCAGAGAUGAACUUCAGUCAGUGACGCACCAUAUAAGAAGGUGAAUUGCAUCUGAAUAAGCUUCAUAAGGUCCUAUUUUAGGCCCUUUGUGAUAUCCAGUUAUGAUCUGGAGCACUUGGGGUGGCUUCGUGUCCUAAGUUAUGUUAGGUCUUAUAGAUGCCUGCUCGAGCUGUAGUUAUCUGAUGGGGGUCACCUCACAGCAGAGCAGGGGUGGCAUUUGUUGCUUGAGUUGUGGUGUUGCUCGGUUGUGAUGAGUCUGGAAAUGUAAAAUUCGUUGGUGUCGUCUGAAGAUGUGGGUGGUUCUUGAAGAGUGCUAAGAAUAAUGAUCUGCGUUGAUUGAUAAAAGUUUGGCUUUUUAGUAAAUUUUGUUAGUGACUCCAGUUGAUGUCAGUCUGAUACACCUAUCCUCUUAUAGCGGUAUUGGCAAGAACAAGUGGCUUUAUUGCUGCAGUUUUAUCUUUUGGAACAUGUGGAAAUGUGGGUGAGCUUUGCGAUACUCUUCACCUUGAAUGAGUGUACCGAGUUAGUUUUCUUCCAUUUAGUCAUCCUUUACUGUACUUA